CUACAGAUACCACAACAACUCCGCCUGACACAUCCACAAAAUCAACUAUACUUACCACAACACCUAUGCCUGACACAUCCACCAAGUUAGCAACAGGUUCCGCAACAACUGUGCCUGACACAUCUACAAAAUCAUCUACAGAUUCCACAACACCUGUGAUUGAGACAUCCACAAAAUUAGCUACAGAUACCACAACACCUGUGGCUGAGAUAUCCACAAAAUCAGCUACAGAUACCACAACAACUGUGCCUGACACAUCCACCAAGUUAGCUACAGGUUCCGCAACAACUGUGCGUGACACAUCCCCAAAAUCAGCUACAGAUGCCACAACAGCUGUGCCUGACACAUCCACAAAAUCAUUCACAGAUACCACAACAACUGUGCCUGACACAUCCACAAAAUCCGACAACACCAGUACCACUUCAGGAAUAAUCACCACGAGAACUGUCGCAGAAACCACAUCGACUUCUGUGGACACCACCACAAUGAGAACAGUAGCCACUACAACAUCAGCUCGGAUAGGCAACAGCACAACUAACGCGUACACCACCACAAAAUCCGCCCCGGAAACCACCACAACCACAGCUACACCUGCGGACACCAUCACAAAGACUGCUGUGGACACCACAACAACUUUCGCCGGCACCACCCAAAAAUUUGUAGCAGAAACCACCUCAACGACUGUGUCAGACACAAGUGUAUCUGGUGAGGACACCACAACAACUCAUGUACCUGAUACUGUCACAACAGCUUUGCCAGACACAUCCACAACAUCGGCUAGGAAUACUACUGCAACGGCAGUUGCGCCCACUACUACAACACCACCUGUGUACUCCUCCGCAACAACUUCCGUGCUCAGCACCACACUUAUUACCUCAAUGGGUGCUGCCAAGACCACCACAGCUGCAGUGGACGUUACAUCGACGGUAGCAGACACCACAGCAACAAGUGCAGGAGUCAUCACUACAACGACUGCCGCCACGACGACUACUGCGGACACCACCAGGACAACAAGAGCGGACACCUCCACAACAUCUGCAGCUGUCACUACUACAACAGUUGUUCAGCCCUCCACAAUAAUAAUAACACCUGUAGCCACCACAACAACAGGCCUUGCAGACAUCACCGCAACGACUGAUGCGGACACAACCGUAACUGAUGAGGACACCACAUCAACGACGAUGGUGGACACUUCUGCAACGAUUGCUGUGGAUGCCACCACAACUACUGUCGUCGACACAGCAACUACCGCUGGAGAGACCACAACUACUGUGGUAGACAAAGCAAGUACUACUUUAGAGACCACACGAACAGCUGUGGCGGACAUCACAACGACUGCAACUAUUGUUGCAGACACCACCAAAACGACUGCAAGAAGCACAAUUACAACUGCAACAGACACCACAACAACCACUGUGGCCAACACGAUAGCCUUAAGGGCAUUCGGCGUUGAAAACGGAGAUGCUACCCUCACUGGGGAUGACCAACUGGCGAUGGUAUCCGUCAAAGACAGCUUGCCAACUUACGAUUCGUCAGUUAACCGGGUGUACAUCUCGACGAACGGCUAUAUGUCGUUGGGUACAGCGUUUAACGGCUUCACCCCUCAGCCUCUGGAUACCGUUACUGCACGUGACAUAAUCUGCCCUUUUUGGGCGGACGCAAUGACUAUUCCCGAAGGCAAUUCAGCCGUGUAUUACAGAGUUUUAAACAAAUCGUUCAAAGUGAAAGGCUACAGUUUCACUCAAGGUGACAUCUUUAAAUUUGUGGACAGUGAAAUUAGGGCCAGGAGAAACGUGACGGAUUUCGAGGCUCGAUGGCUGUUAAUAACAACAUGGUAUAGAAUGAUUCCAUAUGGAGCCACUCACCGUGUCGAGACAACCACGUUUCAGUCCAUGGUUGUAACAGAUCAUGUCAGAUCGUUCGUGUUCUUUCUUUACCCUAACGGCGAGAUGAAAUGGCCAGAGAACAACAUAGACGGCCUUCCAGUCGUCGGAACGCGCUCAUCCAUCAACAUUAUCAAGAACUUCUAUUCGCAGAAAAUAAGAGCCUUGCGAAUAAGCGAUUAUCCUGGAAACACGGGCAUCAAUGGGUAUUACCUCCACCGCCUGGACUCCGGACAAGCCGCUGCUGUCUCCGGGCCAGCCUCGAGCUGUACGCAGUGGUACGCUAACGAGUACCAGUACCGCGACGUGGCGAUCACUCUGGACCGAUUCCUACCAGUCUGCCCCUGCUCUCUGUUCAUGGCUCGGAGGGACUGGCGCUUUGGGUUGGACCCCGUGCUAAGCCUGCGCAACGGUGGUGUCUGCUUUUUCACUAACUUUGCCGCUGCCGGAUCUAGGAGAUGCUGCUAUUUCUGGAGCGGGGCUCUUGACGCCUCGCCCAUAUCGGGAGGCUCUGUGUCCCGCUUCCACCCCACACUCCACCCACAGAUAUACUACACCCAGGAAGUACUACCGAGGCUUUGGUGUUGCGAGCAAUCGAAUCUCUGCGAUUACUACAGGCAACUCAGGCCAUCCGACAACUGCGCUUUUUACUCACCAUUGGUAACAGCUCUGUUCUGGGGCGAUCCACACAUACUUACCAUUGACGGACUCGCCUACACGUUUAACGGUUGGGGCGAGUACACUCUACUGGAAAUACGCAGCAAGAGCGACAACUCUCUUCAGCUUGGUGUACAAGCGCGCACUGAUCGGAUUAUAGACAGCUCUGGCAACUAUACUGAGGCCACCAUUUUUACCGCGUUUGCAGCCAGAGAUUUCAAGAGUAGUUCGUCAGUGCACAUUGAACUAAAUGGCAAUAAAGACGGUUUGAACGUGUACGGCAAUGGUGUGGAUUACUCAUUGGCUUACAAGGAUGAUUCGAGUUUUGCUGUCCCACUUGACGGCCUAACACUCAGAAAAGUUGGAAAUAACAGUCUUAUUGCGUCGUUUGGCAUAGGUGUCAGUCUCAAUGUUACAACCACCCGGGGUCUGCUGGGUGUCGUGGACAAGAACCCCUCAAAUGACUUCAGUCCCAACGGAACGGUUUUCCCAGCUAACAUGACAGAGUCUGAGAUAUUUCACAACUUUGGGGGGGCCAUCGAUCCGAACAGGUCGUAUUUUUUCUAUCGGAACGGCCAGGGACCAGCAAACUUCACCCACCCAGAAUUCAUUCCCAUGUUCCUAACGGAUUUCCCAGAAGAGCGCCAGAGAGAGGCUGAGAGGCGUUGUGGCAACAAUACAGAGUGCCAGUUUGACUUCCUGGCAACCGGAAACGAACAAAUCGCUCUGAACACCAAGAUCGUGAAGGAAGACGAGGACGCAGUAUCUGUGGUUUUAGCUAACAACAUUCCCGUUGUGUCUGCUGACGCAGUGGUUGGAGUGACCCUCAAUGAGUCAAUUACAAUCUCGGUAAAUACCACUGAUCAGGAUGGUGACAAUGUGACAGUGUAUCUCCUGUCCGACCCAGGUACGGCUACUGUGGAGCGUGUUGGUGACAACAGGGCUGUGGUACGCUUCACACCAAUAUCUCUUCAGCCCAAGCCCCUCAGUAUCGGUGCCACUGACGGGAGAGGCGGAGAAGCCCCGCCGAUUGUUAUCGAGAUCCAUAUCUGUAGUGGCUGUAGCAAUCAUGGCAAGUGUGAUUUCACGGAAGUCCCCAGGACGGAAGUGGAUGCGAACGGAAAUGACACGAUCAGCUACAUUGAACUUCUCUGUGAAUGUGACGCGGGUUGGACAGGAAACGACUGCAGCGAGGACAUGGAUGCUUGUAGUCAACUGCCCUGCCCUACGGGCACAACAUGCACCGACUUGACACCGGCGGAAGAAGCGUCUCUGGGGGUCGGGUAUAACUGUAGCCAGUGCCCACAAGGAUUUGUGCUUAACGGCAGUAAAUGUACAGAUGUAAACGAGUGUGACAGAUCGCCAUGUGAGCAGUCGUGUACGAACACAAGGGGCAGUUUUACGUGUUCCUGCGUGGAAGGCUACAUCUCCUUUAACACUACGUGCCUGGAUAUAAAUGAAUGUGCCGAGGAGACAAGCGGAUGUGAGCAUAUCUGUAUGAACAACAAGGGCACUUUUAUUUGUCAGUGUUUCGAGGGAUUCCGUCUCAACUCAGAUAAGAAGACUUGUGAAAAGAUCCCUGAUGUAGACCCUUGUGCUUCGGCCGACAUCAGCUGUGACUACGCUUGUCGUGUAAACGACGGAAAUGCCACUUGUAUCUGCAGGAACGGUGAAGCUCUGGGAGCAAAUGGAACAUGUCACGAUGUCGAUGAGUGUGUGACGAGUGCGCCGUGCGCACAGGGAUGUAUAAACACCCCGGGCAGUUUCCGGUGCUCGUGUAACCCUGGUUACCAGCUGAAGUACGACAGCAGGAGUUGCCAAGCCUGUGACGACUUCCACUGGGGUGAAGGGUGUAGAGAAGAGUGUGGGUGCCUAGCGCACACUGUGCGUUGUGACCCUGUUAUAGGAUGCGUGUGUGAGCCUGGGUUUAGCGGCCGGUACUGUGACCAGGAUGUGAAUGAGUGUCUCAGCGUUCAUUGUGGUGUCAACGAGAUUUGUGUCAACACUGUGGGCAGUUACAGGUGCGAUUGCAAGCCAGGGUAUAGCAAUGGAAGCGGAACGUGCAAAGAUAUAGAUGAAUGUGAGAGGCUUGACCUGAACACCUGCGACCAGAAGAAAGCUGUUUGUGUGAACACCUUGGGAAACUUUACCUGUAGGUGUAAACCCACUUACACUGGUCCCGGAGAUAACUGUACAGAUAUAGAUGAAUGUGAAUUGAACAUCCACAGUUGCCAGCAAGUCUGCGAGAAUACAGAAGAUGGGUAUAACUGCAAAUGUCACCAAGGGUUCGUUCUGAAUGAUGACAGGAGGUCGUGUACCAACGUGGAUAAUUUGUGUGGAGAUCGCGCAGACUCGUGUGAGCACUUCUGUUUGGUGCAAGAUGGACAGACCUUUUGCCAGUGUACUAAGGGUUAUAAACUCUUCAACGAUACUGCUUGUGAGGAUGUCAAUGAAUGCCUGUAUAAUGGAACUUGUAGUGGAGGUUGUGAAAACAAUGUCGGGAGCUACAAAUGUACCUGUCCAGUGGGUUUUCGGUUGGAAAAUGACCGCACAACUUGCACAGAGUGUGACGCGUUCCACUGGGGUGUUGGUUGUCAGAACCUGUGUAACUGUGGUCAGGGACAGGACUUCUGUAACAGUACCACUGGCUGCGUGUGUCUUGGCGGCUGGGAGGGAGAGUUGUGUGAUGUGGACAUAAGAGAAUGCGAUACCAACCCGUGUGCCUCACUCCAGAUAUGUCAGGAAGUUCCUGGCUCGUACAGGUGCAACUGUCCGACAGGAUUCACUGUCAAUACCACUGACCCCACUGGAUGCUCAGAUGUUGACGAAUGCACCCGUGGCCUGCACACCUGUGCACAGAUCUGUGUCAACACUGACGGCGGUUAUGAGUGUAGCUGUACACCUGGAUUCCAUGAUGUCAAUCAUGACGGCAGAAUCUGUGAAGAUGUUGAUGAGUGUGUUCAAGGGAACAACUGUGAACAGCUUUGUACCAAUACCCCAGGUCGAUAUAGGUGUAACUGUUUCGAAGGGUUCACUGUGAAAGACCUGAACAAAUGCGUGCCAGAUCUUGCGAUUGGUCAAUGUAACAACUUUACCCACACUUGUAGUUACGGAUGUCGACUUGUUGGCGGAAACACGACGUGCUUUUGUAGCUCAACCCAACUUCUUCUUGACGAUGGACUGUCUUGCCAAGAGAACCGCUUCAGAGUACAGGCCCUUCUUAGCGUGAACGGUUCAUACAGAGAAGAUUACAACGACCCAUUUUCCACAGUUUAUCUGAAAAAAGUAACAGAGUACGAACAAGCGCUAUUAAAGGUGUACUCGUGGAUAUCCGAUGUCGUUGGUGUUGUUGUAAGCAGUUUAAGGAAUGGCUCUUUAGAUAUCGAACACGAAGUUGUGUUCAAAUCUCCUGUCAGUGCAAACCAGACCGAGUCAGUCAGGAUGGCUCUUCUGACGGCUUACGUGGAGAAGGCUACCAUAACUGUAGAUAGAACCACGGAGACGAUCACCGAAGUUCCCAGACUAGUGGCUAGCGAUGGCUCAGAGUACCCAGUCCAAGAUGAUUUGACGUGUAAUGUAAACCCGUGUAAUCUGUUUGAAAGCUGCACAAACACGACUGAUGGGGUAAUAUGCAUAUAUACUCCAGUUGUGACUUCAAGCUCAACCGUUACCACAACAACACCUAGUACGAGUUAUCGUACAACAACAACCCAGUCUUUCAGUAUGAAACCCUCUUUACUCACUUCCGCCUCUUCGCCACUAACCCUGCCUUUUACAACCCAAAUUACCAGUGUGUCAACUGACUCACCAUUUUCAUUAACGCCCACUAGUACUGUUGAAACUCCCUCUGCCUCUAAGACUACCUCUCAGUCAAUUGUCGGGCGUACCACAACUACUACGGCAUCACCAAUGUUUGGGUCGACUUCAACUCGCAAGACAUCGACUUCCCAAUCAACUGUUGGACGUACUACCACAGCUGCUUCUUCCCAAACAAAUGUGGGACGUACCACAGCUACUCCUCUGAUGACAUCUUUCACUUCCAAGCUAUCAACCUCCAAAGCAACUGCCGGGCGUACCACAGCUACGUCUGAACCCACAGAUACAUCUGGAUCAACCUCAACUCCCAAGCCGUCUAUUUCCCAAUCAACUGCCGGACGUACCACAGCUACCUCUGUAGUGACCUCCACAUCUGGGUCAGCUUCAACUUCCAAGCCAUCAAUUUCCCAAUCAACUGCCAGACGUACCACAUCUACCCGUGUAAUGACAUCCACGUCUGGAACAACUUCUACUCCCAAGUUAUCAACCUCCAAAUCAACUGCCGGACGUACCACAACAGCUUCUGUAAUAACAUCCACAUCUGGGUCAGCUUCAACUCCCAAGCAGUCGACUUCCCAAUCAACUGUCGGACGUAGAACAGCUACAUCUCUAAUGACAUCCACGUCUGGAACAACUUCUACUCCCAAGUUAUCAACCUCCAAACCAACUGUCCGACGUACCACAACAACUUCUGUAUUGACAUCCACAUCUGGGUCAGCUUCAACUCCCAAGCAAUCGACUUCCCAAUCAACUGUCGGACGUAGCACAGCUACAUCUCUAUUGACAUCCACGUCUGGAACAACUUCUACUCCCAAGUUAUCAACUUCCAAACCAACUGUCGGGCGUACCACAGCUACAUCUUUACUGACAUCCACAUCUGGGUCAGCUUCAACUCCCAAGCAAUCGACUUCGCAUUCAACUGUCGGACUUAGCACAGCUACAUCUGUAUUGACAUCUACAUCUGGAUCAACUUUUACUCCCAAGUUAUCAACUUCCAAAACAACUGUCGGAUCUACCACAACAACUUCUGCAAUAACAUCCGCAUCUGUGUCAGCUUCAACUCCCAAGCAAUCGACUUCCCAAUCAACUGUCGGACGUAGCACAGCUACAUCUCUAUUGACAUCCACGUCUGGAACAACUUCUACUCCCAAGUUAUCAACUUCCAAACCAACUGUCGGACGUACCACAGCUACAUCUUUACUGACAUCCACAUCUGGGUCAGCUUCAACUCCCAAGCAAUCGACUUCGCAUUCAACUGUCGGACUUAGCACAGCUACAUCUCUAUUGACAUCUACAUCUGGAUCAACUUUUACUCCCAAGUUAUCAACUUCCAAAACAACUGUCGGAUCUACCACAACAACUUCUGUAAUAACAUCCGCAUCUGUGUCAGCUUCAACUCCCAAGCAAUCGACUUCCCAAUCAACUGUCGGACGUAGCACAGCUACAUCUCUAUUGACAUCCACGUCUGGAACAACUUCUACUCCCAAGUUAUCAACUUCCAAACCAACUGUCGGACGUACCACAGCUACAUCUUUACUGACAUCCACAUCUGGGUCAGCUUCAACUCCCAAGCAAUCGACUUCGCAUUCAACUGUCGGACUUAGCACAGCUACAUCUCUAUUGACAUCUACAUCUGGAUCAACUUUUACUCCCAAGUUAUCAACUUCCAAAACAACUGUCGGAUCUACCACAACAACUUCUGUAAUAACAUCCGCAUCUGUGUCAGCUUCAACUCCCAAGCAAUCGACUUCCCAAUCAACUGUCGGACGUAGCACAGCUACAUCUCUAUUGACAUCCACGUCUGGAACAACUUCUACUCCCAAGUUAUCAACUUCCAAAACAACUGUCGGACGUACCACAACAACUUCUGUAUUGACAUCCACAUCUGGAUCUGAAUCAGUUGCCACUCCCAACUCUUUCACUUCCCAAGCCACUCCCGGACCUACCACUGUCGCUUUUGUAUCAACAGCUACAUCUGGGUCAAUGUCUACAUCAACAUCGGCGCCAAGGCUGUACGACGUGAGCGGUGGCGACUCUGUAUACGGUGACGAUGUUCUAAGUCCAGCAAUAGAAGUUCCCUUAGGAUUUGUGACAGAAGACACAAGAGAGACAAAUCUGUUUCAACAAAUGGAUAUGUGUCCCCUGGGCUCCUCCUUCAAUGGAUUCAACGCAAGAACAUUCCCUGUGAUGGGCAGUGGGGUUAAACUGAUUUGCCCCUUCUGGGCAGAUGCCCAAACUUUGUCAGCCAAUGAUUCUCUAUCUGUCGUCGUCUAUCGUGUGUUUGAGAAAAACUUCAACACAAAACAACACUUUCCAACUGGUGCUGGCCACAGACUUUUCCGCUCUUUUGCUGUAUUUGUCUAUGAUCAUGGCCGGAUGUGGUGGGAUGAUUCGGAGCCGGAAAAAAGGCCAGUUAUUGGUUAUCAGCUAAGUGAUUCUGUGUUCUUCACGUCGCCUUAUUCUAACCUGCCUGAAGCUUACCGCAUGGACCAAGUUGUAGGAAACUCAGGUUUUAAAGGCUACUGGAUGUUUCAGUUGAACAACGUUAAAAAUGAGCGAACGAAUUACGUGGCUCUCUGCAGAUCCUGGUAUGAUAAACAAACUGAACAAGACAGGAUACAUGUGACUGAAUUAGACCAGUCACUGCCGGUUUGUCCUUGUGGGUUGGAAACCAUUCAAUGGGACAAUCGCUUUGUACCGCACACGUCUUCACAAGACCGUAUCUGCUAUGUCAGCUUUCUGGUACCCACAGGCUUUACUGGGGCAAGGGAGUGCUGUUAUCACCUGUCUUCCUUUUCUCUGGACACCACUCCUGAGACAGCAGGUCAUCUGGUCCUCUACCAUCCCCUGGUGAUGCGGUGGUCUCCCCUAUACAGAUCCGAGGACAGUUUACCUCGACAGUCCUGUUGUUUUUUUACCAGUCUCUGUGAUCUUUACGUGAAAUACCGACCAAUAUCAACAUGCACGUCAUCAAAGAACCUCACUGUGUCAUUCCUCUACGGAGAUCCGCAUAUUUUCACUUUUGAUGGAAUCGCCUACACCUUUAAUGGCUGGGGAGAGUACGUUAUUAUGAACAUGUACUCCACGAAAACUGGAAGUCUGAUGCAAACUAUACAAGGGCGAACUGCGCCGACGGAAAAUGACGCCGGUAGCUUCUCCAGAGCUACUGUGUACACAGCUUUUGCUCUUCGAGACUUCCAAACCAACGCAUCCGUACAGAUCGAGCUUUCAAGAGACAAACAGAGCUUGUUGCUGGUAGGUAAUGGUGUCGACUAUUCACUGCAGUUUCGUCAAAAUGAGCUCCAAGUUCAACACCCAAAUCUUGGAUUGCGAAAAUACGGAAACACCUUGGCUGUAACAUUCUUAUCUGGUGUAUGUGCCAACAUAUCAGUGUUGACACAGCUGCUAUACAUAUCAAUAGUUCUUCCCGAUGAUUUGAUAAAAGAGGUCACUACCACAGGCCUUCUGGGUGUCCUCGAUAAGAACACGUCCAAUGAAUUCACAACACCCACUGGGCAGGUUUUUCCUGCAAACAUGUCUGAAGAGGACAUCUACUACAACUUUGGCCAGACGUGGGUUGUGGAUGGCACGUCAUCUGUGUUCCGGUACCCUUCGGGUAAAAUGUGGACAGACUACAGCCAUCCGCACUAUGUCCCUGUCUUCACCGCCAACUUCACCACACAACAGAUGAAGGAUGCUCAGGGAAUAUGCCAGGACCACGUCCAGUGUGCUUUUGAUUACCUGGUUACAGGACAGCAAAGCGUUGCUGUUACAACUAAAAACGUGUCCAAGACAUUUCAGUCUGGAAGAGAAAUAGCAGGAAAUCUGCCUCCUCAGAUAUUCAACAUCAGCCGACUUAAUGCUGUGGUCAAUCAGCCGGUUGACCUGUUCGUGUUCGCUCUCGACCCCGAUGGCACAUCCGUAGAUUUCGAAGUGCCCGAAGACAUCCUAGUUCAGAAACUUGGUCCGACACAGAGUGAACAAACUAAUGCGAGACUGACUUGGAACCCGACCUCUCUGACACCGUCUGAUCUAAGGGUUCAUGUCACAGACAGCCUGGGUGGGGUUUCCCAAGAGUACCAGGUACCUGUCAGUCUUUGUCCGGGUUGUUCCAACCACGGCCGCUGUGACUUCAACACUACAGAUCUGACCGUGAAGGGCACGCCAGGAUUCCAGAUCGUCAUCUGUAACUGUGACACAGGAUGGACAGGUGCCCGUUGUGAAGUAGACUACAACGCCUGUCUUGAAUUCCCCUGCCCUGCCGGAACACAGUGUACUGACCUGACCCCUGAGGUGGAGGCACGAGAUGACAAAGCCUAUACCUGCAGCUCUUGUCCUAUGGGGUACACAUCAGCUAACAACAAAUGCACAGACAUCAAUGAAUGCUUAAACCCGAACGUGUGCUCUCAGCGUUGUCUAAACACACAAGGAAGCUAUGACUGUCAGUGUAACCCAGGUUACAGAAAGCAAGAUCAACAGUGUAUAAAUAUAAAUGAAUGCGAGGAAAGAACCGAUGGCUGUAAUCAGAUAUGUACGGAUCGCAAUGGAUCGUACACCUGUUCUUGUGGGACAGGAUUUGGGCUGGCUAAUGACGGAUUUACCUGUAAGAAAGAACCGAACGUUGACCCAUGUGGUGGCUUGGAAAACCCGUGCCAAUACGGCUGUGAAGUGGGACCCAGUGGGAAAGCCGAAUGCUUCUGUAGACGGGGCUUCACUCUGGCACAGGAUGGCUCCUGCCAAGAUAUCAACGAAUGUGUGGGAAACACGUGCUCGCAGAUGUGUACAAAUACAGAUGGUAGCUUUGUCUGUUCCUGUUUUGAUGGCUACCUGUUAGCGGCAGACAAGAGGACUUGUGAAGUGUGUGAUGCAUUACACUGGGGGACCGGCUGCUCCAAACUCUGUGACUGUGGUGUACACGGGGAGAGCUGUAGCCCGGUAUCGGGCUGUAUCUGUAGAGAGGGGUGGACAGGCAAAAACUGUAACACCGACAACGAUGAGUGUGAGACAGUGACAUGUAGCCAGGCGGAAGUCUGUGAGAAUUUACCUGGCACUUACAGAUGUGCAUGUCUACCAGGGUACAGAAGGGUAAAUGGAACCUGUACAGAUAUUGAUGAGUGUGACGUCAUCGGUUUGAACACCUGUCUUCAGAAAUGUACGAAUGUGCCAGGUAGUUAUGUCUGUCGUUGUCACAGUGAUUACCAGGGUAACGGAACUGUCUGCAUAGAUAUUGACGAAUGCUCUCUGGGAACACAUAAGUGUCAGCAUCUGUGUAUGAACCAUGAUGGCGGCUACAGCUGCGCCUGUCACACUGGCUACGUGCUAGAUGACGACAGAAGGACGUGUGUAGAUGAGUCUGGACUGUGUCAAAGGAAUAACCUGGACUGUGAACAGAUCUGUAAGAUCGACAUUGUGACGUGCGCUUGCUACUCCGGAUAUCACUGGAACGGCACUUCAUGCUUGAAUGUGGAUGAGUGUGUACAGUCCAAACCGUGUAAUCAUACCUGUCGUGACACGGACGGUGGUUACCAGUGCACCUGUCCUGAUGGACAUUAUCUGGAUAAUGACGGAGUCACCUGCACAGAAUGUGACGAUUACCAUUGGGGUAGAAACUGUGAGAAGCGAUGUGAUUGUGGUCCGGGUGCUAAGGGUUGUCUUCCCUUGCAAGGCUGUGUUUGUAACGCUGGGUGGAGCGGUAGUCGCUGUGACACUGAUCUACUGGAGUGUGACCAGGAUCCAUGUCCACAAGGACAAAUUUGCGUGGAAACUCCGGGAUCUUAUAGGUGUGCUUGUCCUGAUGGUUUUGUUAACAGCGAGUCAACGUGCUCGGAUAUUGACGAGUGUUCCAACUCUCACAGUUGUCCUCAACAUUGUGUGAACACGGCUGGUAGCUACCGGUGCCAGUGUUUUGUUGGAUUUAGAGAUAUAAAUCAGAAUGGAACAGCAUGUAUUGAUGUGGAUGAGUGUGAAGAAGUUAACAGAUGCCACCAGGAUUGUCUCAACAAUGCCGGCAGUUAUUCUUGUUCCUGUCGUCUGGGUUUUACAUUAGCCUCAGAUAUGCUUGGCUGCGUCAAAGAUACAACCACGGACCCGUGUGCUGGCAAAUCUAUGAACUGCUCCUAUGGCUGUAGUCUGGAGGGAGGUGAACCAAAGUGCUACUGUCCAAAUACAUAUUUACUAGCUGAUAACAACAUGACGUGCACAGCACUGAGGCAAAAUAGAUCUGCCAUUGUGUCGCUGGACUUGGACUUUCAGGAUGAAUGGAGAGACAAAGGUUCCACUUCGUACAAAUACCAAGCUUUUACAAUAAAGGAAGCGCUGUCUUUGACCUUUGAUGACAUGGUGAAUCUUGCUGGAGUCAUUGUUGUAAGAUUAGAACCCGGUUCAACAGUGGCAACAAUUGAUGUUACGUAUACUGGACCCAUUGGACUGGCGGAGACCACGUCUACAGUGAAGUCACUUCAGGAUCUGUACCGCCUUGGUCACCUGGUCCUAGACGGAAACAAGGUUAAUCUGACGGCGAUCCCGCGGGUGUUCAGUUUAAACAGAACUAGGAACUUUUCGGUUUUCGAUGAAAUCACUUGUGCGUGGGAUCCUUGUGCCAUUGAUAAGAUCUGUGUUAAGACCGGAAAUGGAGUAGAGUGCAGGAAUCAAACUACUGUAAAACCAAUAGAGGAAGAAUCUGAAGACUGGAAGAUUGGACUAGGGGUUGGCCUGUCUCUUGGACUGGCACUCAUCAUCGCAGCGGUGAUUGUUGCAUUGUAUCGUCGACAUGCCAAGGCAUCCAAGACUCCGACAAUCGUGGAUAGUGACUUAUUCCAUGUUGGCGACGCUUUCGGUUCUUGGAGUACUCAGUUUUCGUCCAAGAGAACUAAAACGACCGCGGGUGGUAUGGGAUUCGCUUUUAACAUUCGACAAUGGCAGCAGGCGAGAGACAUUGUUGACAGGGACGCGGAGGGAUCUGUAGACACUAACGAUGUGCCUUUCUCUGCUCACCCCUACCGGAAAGACGAUCUGAUCCGGUUUACCCCUGGGGCCUCGGCUUCACCCCAUCACUGGCCGGACCCUCACGGUGAUGAUGCACAACCCGGCCCCAGUGGAAACUUCUCGUGGGAUCACCUGUUUGAAACGCUACAGCCAGACCAAGAGUUCAAGAUUAAGAGGCCUCGUGUGGAACUGGAACCCACGGCACCUUUUCAGGAUCCAACUCGACAUGGGCUAAGAGGGAGCGACAACUAUUUUUAGACUUUCGACGUUUGAACAAGAGUUAAAAUGCAAUUUAUGAAGUCAACUUGUUUCAUGGUAUUGCUAUAAUGGAAAUUAUUCCAUUUUUAGUAUACCUACAGAGAUGACGAGUCUGAGUGGUUAGAUUCCCUUAUAUUUGCAUACUUUUAUUACGAACUAAAAUAGCAAACUCAAGAAUAUUUCAGUUAUACGACGGCGCCCAUCAUUAUGGUGGGAAGAAACCGGGCACAGCCCGGGAGAAACCCACGACCAUUUACAGGUUGCUGCAAGACCUUGUAAAUCUAUAUUGGUACAUUCUUUGGAAAUGUAGAAUUAUGUUUGUCCAGUAUAUCUGAUGUAAUAGUCGGAAAUAUUAGCGAUAGUAGGUUUUGGGUUGUAGCCAUAAAUUUAGUCCUGUAUUCUGUAACUAUAAUUAAUCUAAUUAAUCUAAUGUUAACGAUGAUGGUCUCUGUUUCCAAUAACCUUUUCACAAUUGCGUUCCAUUUUUUAUUUUAUUAUAGUAAAUAUAUUUAAAUUUAAUUUGAUAAAUUAGAUACCUUUGUAUAAUUUUCACUAAUUUUAAUAUAUUGGUGUGACAGUGCUCUAUUUCUGAUGGCUAUGGGUUUUUUUUUGUUGUAUGUCACUGGCAAGAGAACGAAUUUUAGUG